AAUCUGUGUAAAGUGAAAUUGUGUCAACGAUUUUUUUCAAGUUUUUUUUAAUAAAUGGCGUUAAUGGGACUCUGGAAUUCUCUGGUUGGCGGCACCGAUAAAGAACAGGACUGGAAUGAAGUGUCGAAUUUCUAUAUUGAUAAUUUAAAAAAGUAUUUCUCAGUGUCGGAGUUUGAUAAAGAAGAAGUGCCGAUAGUGUAUUCUGAGUGUCAUAAGAUAUCGUUUAAUAAGACCGGUCUGGGACUUAGUUAUACACCGUUGAACUUCGUAACCAUCUUCCACGUAGAUACACGAAAAGCCGAAGUUAAAAUGCCCAGCGGUAUCAUUGACCAGCCUGUCAUCGAAGACAACAGAGAUGGAACCGUCAGCAUCAAGUACGACCCUCGGGAGGAAGGUGUCCACGAGCUGUAUGUCAAGUACAAUGGAGAACAUGUUCAAGGGUCUCCAUACAAGUUCCACGUGGACUCCAUAUCCUCAGGGUAUGUGACGGCAUACGGACCUGGCCUCACCAGCGGAGUGAGUGGAGAGCCAAGCUUGUUCACCAUCAGUACUAAGGGCGCUGGUGCUGGUGGUCUUUCUAUGGCAGUAGAAGGACCCAGUAAAGCUGAGAUUACGUGUCAUGACAACAAGGACGGAACAGUUGCUGUCUCCUACUUGCCUACCGCACCUGGGGAGUACAAAGUAUCCGUCAGGUUCGGUGACAAGCAUAUCAAGGGAUCACCGUUUAUUGCUAAGGUAACAGGAGAGGGUCGCAAGCGAAAUCAGAUCUCUGUGGGCAGUUGCAGCGAGGUGACACUGCCUGGCAAGAUAGCAGACAGUGACAUCCGCAGUCUUAACGCUUCCAUUCAGGCUCCCUCAGGAUUAGAGGAGCCUUGCUUCUUGAAGCGUCUUCCAUCAGGCAACAUCGGUAUCAGCUUCACUCCACGCGAGGCGGGGCAACACAUCGUAUCCGUAAAGAAGAUGGGUGUCCACAUCCAAAACUCCCCCUUCAAUAUCACCGUACAAACACAGGAAGUUGGAGAUGCUAAGAAAGUUAAGGUUUCAGGCAGCGCUCUGAAAGAAGGCAAAACACACGCGGAUAAUACUUUCACCGUGGAGACGAAGAAUGCGGGUUAUGGUGGUCUAUCUCUCUCCAUUGAAGGUCCCAGCAAGGCUGAGAUCCAAUGUGCUGACAGCAAGGACGGUGUUCUGGCCAUCAGCUACAAGCCAACUGAGCCUGGCUACUACAUCAUCAACCUAAAGUUCGCUGAUCAUCAUGUCGAGGGUUCCCCUUUCACUGUCAAGGUGACAGGUGAAGGAAGCAACAGACAGAGGGAGAAGAUCCAGAGACAGCGUGACCCAGCUCCUUUAACUGAAGUUGGCACCAACUGCAAGCUGACCUUCAAAAUGCCGGGAAUUACAUCGUUCGACCUAGCAGCCACCGUCACUAGUCCUGGUGGAAUCUCCGAGGACGCUGAGAUCCAGGAGGUCGAAGAUGGCCUUUACUCCGUACACUUUGUACCCAAGGAACUAGGAGUUCAUACCGUCUCUGUUAAGUACAGGGAGAUUCAUAUUCCCGGAUCUCCCUUCCAGUUCACCGUUGGUCCAUUAAGAGACUCCGGUGCCCACUUGGUGAAGGCCGGAGGUUCUGGACUGGAGAGAGGAGAAGCAGGACGCCUUAACGAGUUCAACGUAUGGACGAGAGAGGCGGGCGCUGGUCAACUUGCUAUCUCGCUCGAAGGACCGAGCAAAGCUGAAAUCGAUUUCAAAGAUCGGAAGGAUGGUUCUUGUGAUGUCUCUUACAAAGUUGAUGAGCCUGGUGAAUACCGUAUCGGCCUGAAGUUCAACGAGCAGCAUAUCCCGGACUCCCCCUUCAAGGUGUACAUAUCACCCGCGGUCGGAGAUGCCCACCUCCUCGAGGUGGCCCAAUUCCCUGACUCGGCGCAGGUGGACAAACCAACACAAUUCUACAUAAGGCUUAAUGGUGCUAAAGGACAGCUUAAUGGAACGGUUGUGUCACCAUUGGGCAAGACGGACGAUUGCUUCAUCCAGAACAUAGAUGGAGACCAGUACAGCAUCAGAUUCAUGCCAAGAGAGAACGGAGUCCACAAUAUCAACGUCAAGUUCAAUGGAGUCCAUAUUCCUGCCUCACCACUGAGAAUCAAGGUCGGUAAGGAUGACGCUGACCCAGCUGCGGUACAUUGUCACGGGCCCGGUCUAGGAAACGUGAAGACAGGUGCGAAGACGGACCUGAUUAUCAACACGUGUAACGCUGGAGCUGGCAUCCUGGCUGUCACGAUGGAUGGUCCAUCCAGGGUCGCUAUGGAUUGCACCGAAGUGGAAGAAGGCUAUAAGGUUCGAUAUACACCACUGGCUCCUGGCUUCUAUUACCUAAGUGUCAAAUACAACGGCGCACAUAUUGUCGGGUCUCCGUUCAAGAUUGAAGCUACUGGUGAUAACUUAGCUGAGAUUGGUGCACAAGAGACCUCGUCAGUCACUGUGGAGACCGUACAGAAGGUGUCCAAGGCAGCUCAAGCAAAGCAGGGUCCAGUUCUGCCGCACUUCAAGUCGGAUGCUUCUAAGGUCAUCAGCAAGGGCAUGGGUUUGAAGAAGGCCUAUCUGAACAAACACAACCAAUUCACUGUUCAAGCUGGAGAUGCAGGUAACAACAUCCUAUAUGUAGGUAUCUACGGCCCCAAAGGUCCGUGCGACGAAGUACAGCUGAAACACAAAGGAAAGAAUAAUUAUGAGUGCACAUACGUUGUGAGGGACAGGGGAGAAUACAUUGUUAUCGUAAAGUGGGGAGACGACCAUGUUCCUGGAUCCCCCUACAAGGUGGAAGUCUAAUUACCAGAACGAUAUGGCAAUUAUCAGACUAAAGGAAUAAAGUAUUUAUGAGCAGGAAAUCUAAAUUUUUUGCAAAUGUCUGGAAUGUUUCCGCGCUUUUCCGCGAGUCCAAUGAGUUAGCUAGAAAAUUCUUGCAUAAGCAUUAAGAUUGAUAUUUCAUCACACAAACAGUCAAAUCUUUAGUAAAUAAACACAUGCGGCGUUAUCAGAAUUACUACAAUGGCGCACCUUUUUGAAAUUUCAUGCGAUAUAAAAUUCUGCAGAAUUCAAUUUGUAAACUAUCACUCAAAAUUUUAUCUGUAUCAUUAUGCGUACGCUUAUCUUUGAGGGGUUUAGCAGAAGACUCUUCUGUAGAGUCUAUUCUAUCUUAAAUUUGUCAAUUAUCAAAAUUUCAUCAUGUGUACAUAUGUAGUACAUGAUUAUCAAACAAUCAGGCCUGUCUUUCUGGGGCUUGGCUUCUGCCUCUUCGAAGUCUUAAGAAAUCAAGUUGUUAAGUCUUUCAGUUGGCGUUGGCAAAGAUAAACGACUUGGAUUUGAUACUGUCGCAAUCUGCACGGUCUUUCCUGGCUUCUUUCACUUGUAUUAAAUAGUUCAUCAUCAUUUCAUUCUAAUAAUUUAAUAUUUCGUAUAUAUCUCGAUUUUCUAGUGGAAUAUGUGAGCCGUUGCCAAUACUUAAAUAAAUUCUAAAUUCUUGCAUAAACAAUAGAGUGAAUCGUCUUCUAAAAUUCUUUUUAAGUUAUUUAAAGUUAAUUACUUCUAAAUGGGCCCACGUUGGGUGAUCUUAAUGAAGAUUAAGUGGCACUACUUAUUGAACUCCUAUUCCAUUUAUAUAAGCAUCCUUUUCACUUGACCAACCGCAUGAAAACUUGAUGACACUUUUUGAAAUAGAGGUACCAAUAAUAUGCAAAUAGAAUGACUCUUGUUGACUUGUAUUAAACUUAAAAUAUUUAUGCAAAACACUUGAAAAUCUUAUCUGCUUCUAACUUAAUAAGUAGGUAACUUAUUCCUUUAGUCUGACAAUAUUAAACAAAAUACCUAACUACAUAUGAAAUCUUGGUCGACGAUUUAAAAUAAAGUUUUGCUCAUUUCGGUUAAUUUGUUCAAUGACCUUGCAAUGUGUAAUUCUAAAAUAUAAUUUCAUACGAAAUUUUCCACAUAUUGUUACCGACAAUUGUUAUUACCGCAAAUAAUAAUUUACUUAGGUUUAAUUUCACUGUAACGAUCAAUUAUUUAUAAUGUUUUUCGUAUUUUAUUCAAUCAAUAUUUAAAUUUAAAUUAUAAAAUAAUUUUAUUUUUUUAAUUUUCUAUUCUAUCUCUUUAAACAAUAACUUAUAAAACCAAAAAAAAGUUAUGACGAAAAACCUAGUCAAUACAUAAUUUAUCGUUAAGUCAUUUCCUGUGUUGUUUUUCAUUUGUUUUUCACCUCUUAUAUGUUUCUCGUUUAGUAUUAGGGCGACUAAAUGACAAUGCAUAUAGAGGGGUAAUGGGCCGACUGUGGAUCUUGUUUAUGUCUGACUAAUCGAUUCUAAAAUAGUGAAACAUCACAUUUACAAUACCUGAUAAUAUUAAAGUACGUCGCAUGUUUGAACACCUCCUGUCAUGUAAACGACUUCUACUAGCUCCUGUACAAACCUUUUCUGAAAGAUAAGAGACGAACCUUCUUCGAAUGGCGGAAACUUUAUCAAGUGCACGCAUCAAACAUAAAACCUUCGAUAUCUGUGUCGGUAAGAAUAGAAUUAGAAUCUCUUGACAAAACGAAGCGGGAAACCAAUUUGAUUUUCUAAUAUUUGCAAUUAAUUUUGUGUUUUUUUAUUUGAUUGCCAACAACUGUCGUUCGUUAGUAAGCGUUUACUCGUAGUCGCUUAAGAGGUAAAAUAACGGUCAUUGACAUCUUGACGUCAGUACCUCUUCCGUAGUUUGUUCUGUUGUAAGUGGUCGGCCCAUCUCUUAAUAAAUUAAAUAUUCCCUUAUUAUAAGCUAUCAUGAUGUAGUAACUUUUCACUGAAGCGACAUAUUUCGUCGACUUUUUCUUUAAAAAGCGCUUUAUCGAGAAUAUUCGCCACGUUAGAAGCCAUUAAGGUUAAUAGAUUUAUUAUUAAUCCUACUAACAUUUAAUAAAUCUAUACCUGUAUGGUUUUCAGUUACUAUAUCUUGUUUUAUCUAUAAGAUUGUCUCGCUUUUAUUAAUGUAUGUGUGUUGUAUGAUGCUGUACCUACGUAGGUAGAAGAUUUUAUUGUAAAUACCUACUUUAAGCCUAUUGUUAUCUUGUGACUGUUGUAUUUAAUAAAAUAAGAAAAUUUAA